AUGGCUUCUUCCACUCUAUCCUCCGUCACCCUUUCUCAGCUAUGUUCUAGCAAGAAUGGAGUGUUCUCUCCUUCACAAGCACUGCUUGUGAAGCCCUCAAGGACCCAUGUCGUAGGCAAGAACAAGAGGAUGAGGGUGGCGUCCAUGGCCACCAGUAUUCCGGCCGAUCGAGUGCCGGAUAUGAGUAAGAGGGAGCUCAUGAAUCUGCUCCUUUUGGGUACUCUUUCGCUUCCCACUGCUGCCAUGUUGGUCCCUUAUGCCACGUUCUUUGUCCCACCUGGGUCGGGAGGUGCUGGUGGUGGUGUUAUUGCCAAGGAUGCCCUAGGAAAUGAUAUCCUUGUAGCCGAAUGGCUCAAGACCCAUGGACCUGGGGACCGUACCCUUACACAAGGAUUGAAGUCCUUGGCCCUGGUUCAUGCUGAUAUUGAUGAAGGGAAGGUAGUGUUUGUUCCAUGGGUUGAAACGGAUUUCCGAACUGGUGAAGAUCCAUGGUGGGCUUAG